AUGUUGGUGUUGUAUGUACUUGCACGGCACCCAUCACAGGGAUAUAAGUAUUCUGAGUCACUACUGAAGGAAGUGGCAGAGUAUCAUGAUGUCAUUACACUCUCAAUGAAUGAGGGGCGUGUUACUACUAACAAGUCUAUUAGUGGUAAUGGUAAGUGGGGUUUAGAAGCUGAGGUUGGUAUGAGCAGGAAAACAUAUUUUUGGCUUGAAAUGGCAUUACGUUUGUUUCCUUCGGCGAAAUACAUUGCCAAGGGUGAUGAUGACAUGUUUCUACGUGUGCCACAGUUUCUUGCAGAACUUACUUCUUUACCUACACGUGGUUUGUAUUGGGGAAUACUUGGUCGGUCGUAUAGAUCAUCUAUUAGUUUUACUUUUGCAUUUGGGGCUUGUUACACACUGGCUUUGGAUGUGGCAAAGACUGUCGUCUCUUUUGGACCAUUGCGACGUGUUGUGUAUGUACCCUUUACUGCUUCGGUUGCUGAUAAGUAUUAUUUGUAUCAUAUGGAUGGGGAGGAUGCUAUGGUAGGAUGUGCUUUAAAACUAGUUGGGUAUACCAGGCAUCUUAUUUUUGCAAGUGAGCCAUCGUGCUCAUUUCAUGAUAUAAGAAGUGAAAAUGAGACGAAUACUGUUUCCUCAAACUCUAUAAUGGUGCAUCACUUGCUUGAAGAGGAUUAUGUUCCGUUAAUGAGGGGGUUUAUGAAUACAAGUACUUUUAGACGCAGAAUUAAGAAAUCCCGCCGUAAGAAGACGAUGUAUUUUUCAUGCUUAGAGGAAUAA